AUCCACGGAAUUUCUAGCCGAGCAUGAUUUAUAAAGUAUCUUGACUGUCUGGAGUGUCCGUUUACUUCACCUCCAAGAUGUCACCUGAGUGACACGUAGAUUCGUUUUCCUUGAGGUAAGCGAUAUAACCAGUCGGAAUGUAGCGAAGGCCUGAGGAGGUAAGCCACUUUCUUGAUAAAACAAACGUGUUUUCUGUGUCUCGUUCUCGAUGAGAAAUUCCAAGAAUCAGAACAGGUACUUGGACUGAGAUUAGUACAUAAUAAUCAAUCAGUGUCAGCAUAUAGUGCCAGUUCACCACAGGUUUCUUUAUCCUUCAAGAGCCAUCUUGUGGAGAAAAAAUAAAUAUUAUUCAGUGGAAAAACGAUAGAAACCACAACAGCAUUACGUCGAUUAAAAGUGCUAUUUCUCAUUUGAAAAAUCUGUUCUUGUGGCACAAACAAUGACUUCAAAACUGAGCCAUCCAAGAGAAUCAGUCUCUGCUCAAGAUGAAUUUGGAAAAUCCGAGAUGACACUUCUGAUGAGUCACCGUUGUGCAACACGUCAUAGUUUUAAACAGUGAAUAUUUGUGUAAAAUGGAACCCUGUAAAGAGUACAGCUCGUUAUUACUUCUUAUUUUAUGACCACCUUUUCUUUUAUGUAAACUGUGUAAAUAUGUUGAACAUAUACUGUGCACAUAUAACAAAAUAUUGACUGCACUCAUCUAAGAACAUACUAAUAAACACCACUUUUUUCCAUUCCUUUAAUUCGUUAUUUUCAUCAGCCAAUGUUGCUGUAACGUCUUGACUGGGAUGAACUACAGAAUGUACUUUGAACAAAUAAUUCUUGCUUCAGGUUCAGUUUUUUUGCUGAUCAUAUGGAUGACAACCGCAAAUAUUCAAACAGAGAAAAUAUUCAAGCAAAGAAAAAUAUGUUUGGGGACUAAUCACCGAUUAGCUAGGCGCAGAGACAUUCAAAAUCACUACCAGAAACUUCGGGAGCGUUACACUAAUUGCACAUACGUUGAAGGGAACUUGGAACUGAGCUGGUUAGAUGAAAAAAGUGAUCUGAGUUUCCUCCAUGACAUUCGAGAAGUCACAGGCUAUGUCCUGCUAUCGCACAUGAAACUAAAGAAAAUGGAACUACCCAAUCUGAUGAUCAUUCGUGGUCGUAACUUGUUGCUGCUGAAUGGUUUGUUCAAGAAGAAGCCUUUCGCAUUAUUUGUUGGUUACAGUUCUAUAGAAUCAUUAGAACUUCCAUCACUCCGAGACAUUUUAACUGGAAAUGUGGGCUUCUUACACAGCUAUGAGAUAUGUUUUAUUCACACAAUAAACUGGAAUGAGAUUUUAACUGGACAAGGCUCAAAAGCAAUUUUCAAGUAUACCACAAAACCAUCAGAUAAGGAGUGUCCAUCUUGUCAUGAGUCUUGUACAGGUGGAUGUUGGGGACAAGGAGCUAAAAACUGCCAAAAGUUUUCCAAGAUUAAUUGUUCACCACAGUGUUAUAAAGGAAGAUGUUAUGGUCCCAAUCCUCGUGAAUGUUGCCAUCUCUUUUGUGCUGGAGGGUGCACUGGACCAAAGCAGAGUGACUGCUUAGCUUGUCGCAAUUUUCAUGAUGAUAAUGUAUGUAAGCAGGAAUGUCCUCCAAUGAAAAGGUACAACCCAUCAACAUAUUCCUGGGAAAAUAACCCAAAGGGCAAAUAUGCUUAUGGUGCUACUUGUGUUAAAAACUGUCCAGAACACCUUCUGAAGGACAAUGGGGCCUGUGUCCGGUCAUGUCCACCCAACAAAAAAACUGUGAAAGGAGAAUGUGUACCAUGUGAUGGCCCCUGUCCAAAAUCUUGCACUGGUGUUAAAACAUUACAUUCAGGAAAUAUUGAGAAAUUUCGAAACUGCACUGUCAUCAAAGGAUCCAUUACCAUACUGGAAUCAACUUUUACUAAUUAUACUGACUUUGAAGAAGAUUUAUCAGGUAAAGUUUAUCCAGCAUUACACCCUAGUCAGCUAGAAGUGUUCAGCACUUUAAAAGAAAUCACAGGUUACCUCAGCAUUGAAGCCUCAAACCCACAUUUCAAAAAUCUUCACUGCUUUCGUAAUCUUGAAGUGAUAGGAGGUCGUCAGACGACUGAGCAAUAUGUUUCAUUAUAUGUUCUCAAGACAUCACUAGAAACUCUAGGCUUGAAGUCCCUGAAGAGAAUAACAUCUGGAAAUGUGAUGAUCCUUGAGAAUGACAAACUUUGUUUAACAGAAACCAUAAAAUGGGACAAUAUCAUAAUGUAUAAUUCAAAUAAGGCAUUCCUACGAGAUAAUGCUAAAAAGGAAUAUUGUAAAGACAGAGGAUUAGUAUGUCAUAACCAGUGUAAAAAUGAAGAGUGUUGGGGACCUCGUCCAGAUGAAUGUGUAUCUUGUCGAGCCUACAAGCUAGGAGAUAUUUGCAUGGAGAACUGCAGUGUGGUAGAGAAUUCAUAUGAUGCUGGAAAUAACACAUGUAAGCACUGUCACAGUGAGUGCUUAAGGGGAUGCAGUGGUCCAGAAUCGAACAACUGUAAAAUAUGCAAAAACUUUAAGGAUGGUCCUUACUGUACCUCUAAAUGUCCUAUCACUAAAUACAGUGACAACAAGGAGUGUAAGUUGUGUCAUGAGAACUGUAUUGAUGGCUGUACUGGUCCCAAUAACACUCUUGGUCCUGGGGGAUGUAACUCAUGUGAGAAAUCAAUUAUGAAGGAAAACAACUACAGUGAGGUUGAAUGUUUGUCUGGUGAUGUACCUUGUCCAGAAGGAUAUUUUACAGAAUAUAUUGGACCUUCAGACACAGAUUUGAAGGAAUUAGUUGGGAAACCUGUGUUUCGACCUUGUCACUCUCAGUGUCUCACAUGCACAGGAUAUGGAGUCCACAAAUCAGUAUGUAAUUGUAAGGAUUACAUGUCAGGUGAACAGUGUGAAUCAAGCUGUCCUAUUGACCACUAUGCCAACAAUGCCAGUCGAACCUGUGUUAAAUGUGCUAAUGAAUGUCGAGAAUGCAUGGGUCCAACAACUAAAGACUGUAAAGACUGCCGAAACUUCAGAGUGUACAUGAAUGAUAACAAAACAAGUUUCAACUGCACUGCUGUAUGCCCACCUGAUAAACCAUACAGAAUUCUACAAAAAGUUCCAUAUUGUUCUAGUGUGGAUCCAUCAGACAGUUACAAGGAAGAAAAUAAUAAACGAGUGAUUCUGGGUGUUACAAUUGGACCCUCUCUGGUGUUUUUUAUACUUGUUGCUGGGAUAAUGUACUGGAUACUACAACGUAUUCACACAAAGAAAAACACUGUAAAGAUUGUAGAG